AUGGAGAGAGCCAGUCUGAUCCAGAAGGCCAAGCUGGCUGAACAGGCCGAAAGCUAUGAGGACAUGGCAGCUUUCAUGAAGGGUGCGGUGGAGAAGGGUGAGGAGCUCUCCUGCGAGGAGCGGAACCUGCUCUCAGUAGCCUACAAGAAUGUGGUGGGCGGCCAGAGAGCGGCCUGGAGGGUCCUGUCCAGCAUCGAGCAGAAGAGCAACGAGGAGGGGUCUGAAGAGAAGGGCCCCGAGGUGAAAGAGUACCGGGAGAAGGUAGAGACCGAGCUCAGAGGUGUGUGCGACACCGUGCUAGGCCUGCUGGACUCUCACCUCAUCAAAGGGGCUGGAGAGGCAGAGAGCCGCGUCUUCUACCUGAAGAUGAAGGGUGACUACUACCGCUACCUGGCCGAGGUGGCCACUGGUGAUGACAAGAAGCGCAUCAUCGACUCUGCCCGGUCAGCCUACCAGGAGGCCAUGGACAUCAGCAAGAAGGAGAUGCCGCCCACCAACCCCAUACGCCUGGGCCUGGCCCUGAACUUUUCCGUCUUCCAUUACGAGAUAGCCAACAGCCCCGAGGAAGCCAUCUCACUGGCCAAGACCACCUUCGACGAGGCCAUGGCCGAUCUGCACACCCUGAGUGAGGACUCCUACAAGGACAGCACCCUCAUCAUGCAGCUGCUGAGAGACAACCUGACGCUGUGGACAGCCGACAAUGCGGGGGAAGAGGGUGGCGAGGCUCCGGAGGAGCCCCAGAGCUGAAGCAGCCUCCAACCUCCCUGGCCCGCCUUGCCCUCCAGUCCCCAGCCUGCAGAGAGGACUAAAACGGAGUGGGACUCCACCCUUCCCAAACCCUGAAUGUUCUGCCACACCUUGGAAGGCUCCUCGGAAGGGGUGCAGCCAAGCUGAGGCCACCAGGACUGGGGAAUCUCACUCUUCGUGUAGCUGUCUGGUGGGUGGUCCCAGCCCACCCCUGCUUUCUGCACCCCUACUUCCGCCCACCACUCCUGAAUGUGUCCUCCCCCUGGGCCUCCAGUUGCUUCUGGAUCCUAGGAAUCGAGGAGGCUCCCCACCCCUGUGGCUGAGAACUG